AUGAAAACACUUAAAGACAAUGUUAUUGUCUUUUCUCAACCAGGUGAUUGCCCAGCAUCUCAUCAAAUUAAUGAAUCUGAUCUCAAUGGUGAUGAAUAUGCAGUAAUAUGGUAUGAAGAUCUUGUUCCACUUCAAAUCCCGAAUGCCGUACCUUUUGACUAUGAUUCACAGAAAGCAUUGCCAGAACUUGACCGACCUGUAAAUCAAGACGAUAUAAAUCAUGUUGUACUACAAAUAGCUGAAAGUGAUUAUUUAGGACGAUUGCCUAAUUUACAUUUGGCAUAUACCGAUAGUUACGGAGUCGGCAAAAAACUCUAUCGUUCAUCACGUCGAAUGUUGCCUGGAUGGAAUGGAUUUCUUCGACGACAUCGUCAUUUACAACUUCGAACUCCUGAAGAUGAUGAAGAAGAACAAGAACCAAAUGCUGACGAUAGUCAAAGAGACAUAAUUAGAUUAGACUCAUCUCUUCUUAAUAGAACUCCAUUCUGGCAAGAUCAAUCAAUAUUAGGAAUUGCAUCUCAAUUAUUCUAUGUCUAUCGGCAAGAAAUGCUUGAAAUUCUAAAUUUAUAUGGACUUUCGCAUGAAAGUGAUUUAUGGUAUCGAAAAUCAACGAAUACUACUGAUGGAGAACUUGAAGACACAGCUUAUACACAACUGGAACAGCUUGUUGUACGUACAUGUGAAGCUUUCUUCUUACGUUUAGUAUGUUUCUGUCAAAGUGAUCGACAUAACUGUAAUGCAAAUACAGCUUUCGAAAACUUAUGUGAAGAUUGCAAGAAAAUACAAAGUGCUGUAGCUAUUGCAUUGUAUCAAGAAUGUUACAGUGGACAAAAUGGAUUAGAACGAGCACCAAUUCUAAGUUUGCCAUGGUUAUUUACUACAGCACUUAUAAAGACACGUCAAAGAGAAUUACCAUCAAAGCAAGGUUUACUUGGUAUGGCAAUGGCAACUGCACUAAACGAUCCGAUUCAUAACCGUUUAUUACAAUUAGAAGAACUCACACUGAAAUUUCGCACAUCGAACAGUCGUCGACUCGAAGCAAACGUGCAUUGGACUGUUUGUGUUUUUGUUGAAAUUCUACACUAUUGUAUCAAAUCAAAAUCUUUUGUUUCAUGGUCGAAGAUACUCCGUCGAUUCAUGUGUAAAAUAUCUUCCAUGCAACAAUCCAAUCCAAUGGAUGAAUGA